UCGAGAGUUCCGAUCGUGAAGAUCUCAGACCAGACGUCGGGCGUCCACUGCGACAUCUCGAUGCAGAACGACCUCAGCCUGUACAAGGAUGCUUUGCUUCGCUCCUACGUCAAGAUCGACAGUCGCUUCCAGAAGCUCGUGGCGCUUGUCAAGACCUGGGCGAAGGCGAGGGCGAUCAAUGAUGCGGCUGCUCACACUCUCAACUCCUUCGGGUACACGCUGCUGAUCAUCCAGUUCCUCCAGGUCUGCUCGCCCCCAGUCUUCCCC